AUGGACGUGACCAUGACGGAUAGUCCUUCUCAAGAAGGCACUCAAAACCUUGACAAGACGGAUCUCAUCAAGACCGUGAGAGGUCUCGACCAAAGUGGCCCAGGAGAGGAUGGAAAAAAUCUCGAAAAAUUGUGGAAGCAUCUGACUGCGUCGGCAGACAGUCAGUUCCAUGCCGCGGAGCAGAGCAGCUUGCGAUGGCUCCUGAAAUCGAUGAACGGCUCAUCCAGCGACGCCGAGACUAUGCGACGAUGGCCCUUGACCUGGACGAUCCUUGAAUGCGUCUUUCAGCGCAUUCCGCUGUUUUCGCUCGCCAAGUCGCUUGCUGAUCGACGAUUCAUUGCUGUUUUGCAGCAGACCCUGAAGGACAUUUCCAGACCAGCCACGGAUUCAUCAGCUACUCCAUCCAAGAGAAAGAGAUCGACAACAAAGGCCUUUGCUCUUGAGGACUUAAAGGACAGUCAAGGAUGUUUGAUGGCCGGUGAAGCCGUAUUCAGUUCUCUCAAGACUCUGCUGGGCCGACUCGACUCUUCUGCGACGCAAUCAUCACACGACAAGAUUGGUGCUGAGCAUAUCCGAUCUCUUUUCUGUACUUCAGCCGCCGAGGCUGCGACACUCGCAUCACUAUCAUUGAAGCUCUGCGAUUCUGCUCUGUCUAGUAGCGAUGAUCAAACAGAGGGUUGGGAGUCUUGGAUUGAGACAACGGCGUCCAUCUGGGAUCUUCAUCUACAGGGGAGCGAUGAUGCUCUGGAGGUGGCUACGCAUCUCUUUGCGCCAUCAGCAGCUAUUCUCAGCAAACUAGAGAAGGUUUCCAAGACACAGAAAGCCGCCGUGCGCGAAUCAUUACGGACAAAGUGGUCGAUCGAUCUUCAGAAGCUCAUGCAUCGCAACCUGAUACUUCCCGCUCGAGCGGCGUUUAUCACGAAACAGGACAUGGAGCCCAUCUCACGAGCCCUUCAAGCUGCCGAGAAGAAUCUUGAAGUGGCAGCCCCUGCGCUAUACUUCCUGGCAUCAGGCGUGACGGAUGCUUUAGGUGAGGGGAGACUACGGAAGGGCAACUCGGAUUGGAUGAAACAGGUUUUCAAGGCUGUCGAAAAUACUUUGCGACCGAGAGACGAUCGAGAUGAGCUCGUACAAAUCGUUCUUGAACGAGCUGCCGAGAAGUCAGCGUCUAUUGACACGGACGACCUGCGCUCCGUCUGCCGCGAGUAUGCUCUCCAGGAAGAAAGCACCAACUGGAGGCUAGUAUCAGAUAUCGCCAGUUGUGAUCCUGAUGUGUUCCAGCUCUCCGAAGAAGGUGCGCGCCUCCUGGAUACUGUCUGCGAACGGAGCAUCGCAUCAAGCCUUGACGUGGCCGAGACUGAAGCAGUCACAAAGAUUAUUCAAGCCAUUGUGCAAGGGUUCCGCACCGGGCGAGACUUGUCUAGCUUCUUGAAGCUAUGGUUCCAGCAGCUAUGCAAGAUCGAGAAGCAAAAGAACAAGGCCAGCUCGCCUUGGAUCAGGGUCGCCGAGAACGAAUACGGCAGCGAUUCUUUCAAGGCCUUGAUCGAAAAGGAGCUGUCUCCACAGCAGCUUCUCGAGGUCUUGGAAUGGGCUGAGAACGAAAAGUCCCAUUCCAGGGCGCUCUGCCUUUUCCUGGACUCUAUUGCGCAAGGAAUCCAGAGCGAAUCUUACGCGGAUGCUGUGGGGAGCAAACUCUUCGACCUUGUGAGCAAGGUGAAGAAGACGUCUUCGACUUUGACCGCGUUGAAAUGGGGAGUUGUUUCCAAGACACUAUCGUGGGUUGCUGCCGAAUCAAGAACUGAGAUUUGGGAUGCCGUGCAAGGACAUCUGAGCAAGAUCUUGUCCGAAGCACCCAUAGAGUCCAGGGAGACCUACGAAGCUUUCAAGUGCUGUUGUCAGGCUUGGAUCUCGAUGAGUCCAGAUGACAAGCAACUUGACGGACCCGCAAAACUGGUGGAAUCCUUUACAACUCGCCUGUCCGCGGACCUGCUCUCGUCGAGCGCCUUGAAAGGAAAGGACUUUUCUUUGUACCUGCAACUCGAUGCUGUACCGGGCUAUCUCGAAGAGGCAGCACCUCAACACUAUCUGGCUUGGUUUCUACGAGGCUCCAGCCGUCUCAGUCGAUUUGUCUACGGAACAAAGGCGGCUCUCCCAGAGGCGCUGCAAAAUGCGCUGUCGCUCCCCAGCAGUGAGAUUGACCAGCUCCGAGAGAUCUGGACCUGCUUGCUCGAGAAUGAGAAUAACGUCAACGAUGUUAAGGUUGCUGGCGACCUUGUCGACCGUCUGAUUAAGGCUCUGGAAGAGGACGGCAAAGAGAAGCGUUGGCCUGCUGAGGCAAGCCAAACUUGGAUCCGAAGCUUGACCAAUGUUCACACAGAUGCCUUUACUCGAGUCCAGCGAGAGCGGAUCAUGAUUCUUCUCAACACCCACAGAGCCAAGGCCACCAAGCAAGUAUCGCUAGAUGGCUGGAGAUAUAUCCUUGGGCUAUCUACGAAGCUCAUGAGUCGACCGACAUUCUACGAGGGCAUGCAGUUUUCUGACCUUGUCGACGUCGCGGAUGCCAUGUCGGACCUUUCUUCUUCGACACCGACUCAAGAUGGUACUUUGACAAAUCUUAUUAAUGCGUACUUUGAGAUGGCCUCAGUUACUAUCCAGCAGAUGGCGGAACACAUCGACGACCGAAGCAUCAAGUACUUUGAGGAAAGCCGCAGUUUCAUCUCAGACUGCGACGACGCUGGAGACCUGUCACCCUUCCGUCUCACUCUGUUGAAAGCGUUGAUCACUGAAGUUUCUCAAUCGCCAAGCUGCACUGCCCAUGCUGAGCUGAGAUCAUUGCCAGACAGCGCAAAGAACGUGCUAGGAAACUGUGUCAUGGCUGCAACUGGCUAUUUCUUGACCGAGAAGAAGGCCUUUGAGGGACACAAUGUUAUUGCCGAUCUCCGACUCUUCGCUGCUGUCGAUGCUGCCGAAGCAUUGGAGAGUCUCUCUGGGGUUUCCAAGUUGAAACAGUCUGACAUUCGAAAAGCCGAGAGGCGAAGCCACGCUGCCAUGGCCUCAGGGGAUCUUCGAGGGUGGAAGAUGCAGACAUUCCUGAGGACAUACUUUUCAUCGCUCAUGGAGGAGUCUCGGCCAACAACAUUUUAUAGCAUCAACGAUGUGCCGCCGAAGCUCCGGGAGCCCUUCUUCCAGAGCAAUGUUGCCUCUGUGACGAAGGAGAUGGAUACGCCCGCCAAGAUUGAGUACCUCAGGGAUCUCAUCCAGGUGUUUGUGCAGGGUUCCAACACAGAUGGACAGGCAUCAGCUAUCCAGACGGUUGUGCACCAACUUCUAGUGUGCCCUGACCUUCAGACCAAGGGAGCGGGCUUCGAUUUGGCUACUGCUCACAGCGAGUUGACUUCGACACUCCUGACUCUGGAGAGCCAAUCUGUGUGCGUCCGGGUCUGUCGCGUCCUUCAAACACUCCUGGAGAAGAAGCCGCAGUCCAUGACUCAAUGGAACAUUGAGCUUGUCCUCAACACUGUCUGCGAGCUUAGCUCGUCUGAGCAUGCCGGCGACGAGCGAGUGCCCUUCGGGUGGCUAUGCAAGCUGGUCGAGGUGAUCAUUAAGAAGCACCGACUUCGUCUUGAAGGCCAUCACCAUAUCCUCCUGUCCGUGAUGCAGGCUCUCAUCCGCAACCUCAUCGCCAACCAGGGCGCCACAGACCCCCUGGGCCAGGCCAUGCACGAGACGAAAGCCCAUCUCUACGCCCGUCUUGUCACGCUCAUCUGUGAGCCUACGGCUGGCGCCGUCUCUCGCUCACAGCACCAGAAUGCGCUCGACUCGGCCACAGACGCGGCGAAGCGUUCAGCUGGACGGCAUAUGUAUCUGGUGCUGAUGCAGUAUGUCAAGUUGCAGCUGGAGGCCGACGUGCCGCGAUCGGUGAGGGAGGCUUUGGAACCGGCCAUGAACUCGAUUUUCGACAUUACACCCCCUGAAGUGAGGAAGAUUCUCAACGAUGCCAUGGAUGGCAGUGGACGUGCGAUUCUGAGAGAGAUGUUUAAGAGAUAUACCAAGUUUGGCAAGUGGAGCGGCGUGUAA